AUGGUUCCAGAAAUUCCAGACGUUCUUGAGACAGAACAAACGGAAAUAUCGACUGAAAAUCCUCUCAGUCCUUUGGUGUCAACUGCUAAAAUUCCUUUUACGUCUCCGGAAAAAACAACCAGUACUGUCAUUCCCGAAGAAGAAAAAACUGAAAAAGCAGAGACAUCAUCGACAGAUCAAAUUGUACCUCUUUCAUCUACAACAGAACAACUUCUUCCGGUGACAACAACUGCACAUCAUAAAACCCCACCGAUUCCUACGACAAAGAGUACUUGUGAGCCGAAGCUUUGGUUUGUCCCUCACUACGAGGAGGAUCUGCAUUUUUACGCGAUGGAGCGAAUAUGCAACUUUGAGGCACUCGAAUUCGAAAAUACUGUCGGUUAUGUUUCAUUUUUCAGAAAUGAGACAGAAUUUGAAGAUUAUCGAAGAAUGACUCCUCUUCGUAAAGAAUAUUUGGGUUACAAACAGAGAACAGGUGAUAAUGCUGUUUGGUUCAAUGCUGACGGAUCUCCAGCGACGUUUACGUAUUGGGAUGACUUUCUUUCCAUGGAGCAGCCAGAUAAUGUUAAUGAGAUUUGCGUUCAAGCAGGUUAUAUUGAUGGUAUUUACUUCUCAGGUAGACGUUGGCAUGAUGUCGACUGUGAAAACACGGGCUACUGCGGAGAUGCCCUCUUUAGCUGUCGACUUGAAACGAUUUGUCCAGAUUCGGAAGUCACUACAACGACAAAACAACCGACAACAACUGAAAAUCCUUGCGAUCAAAAACUUUGUUUGAAUGGCGGAUCCCCGCUUAUCGAUGGAGACAAUUGCGAAUGCAGCUGUCCUGAUGGAUAUUCUGGUCAAGUCUGCCAAGAGACUCCAUGUUUACCUGAUCCCUGCAAUCAACAUGGACAAUGCCUAACAAUCGGGUCAGAUUAUAAAUGCAACUGUUAUGGCGAUAUAACUGAAACAUCAACUGCAGAUCAGAUAAACACACCGAUAACAAUAACACAAACCUCUUGCGAGCCAAAGCUUUGGUUUGUCCCUCGAUACGAUGAGAAUCUUCAUUUUUCCGCGAUGGAACGAGAGUGCUUUUUGGAGGCACUUCAAUUCGAUGAUACCGUCGGUUAUGUGGCAUUUUUCAGAAACGAGAUAGAAUUUGAAGAUUAUCGAAGAACGACUACUCUUCGUAAAGAAUAUUUGGGUUAUAAACAAAAAAGUGGUAAUAAUGAUGUUUGGUUCAAUGCUGACGGAUCUCCAGCGACGUUUUUGUAUUGGGAUGACACUCCUUUUAUGAAGCAACCAGACAAUGUUAAUGAGAUUUGCGCCCAAGCAGGCUUUACUGAUGCGAAAAUUGAAACCGUCGACCGUCAAAAUAACAAGCAAUGGGUCUGGGUUUAUGAUGCUGGAGAAAUGAUUGAACUAGGAAAUAACGGUACCAUGUGGAGAAUGGUUCCGCAUCCAAAUAAACCAGAAACUUUUCAAAUUCAUGUGAAUGACAAAUGGAGUAUCAAAGACGGCAAUGAGCGAUCCGCUUUAAAAAUAAAAUAUAAUACAUUUGAUGGCUACGAUCUUUUGAUAGCAUCAUAUAUUUCAAAACCGGAAUCUGAGAAAAUGGAAGACGAUAUUUGGCUUUGGACUUUUCAAUAA